GCGCGGAGUGGAUUGUUUUGGUCCGUGGGUCGUUCCACAAUCUCGGAAUGACGGUGUCCUUUACGCCGUCGUCACGAGACGCUACGAAGGACGCUUGCUCCUCGCGUAUUGACGUUUCACCUGGCCGUGCGACCGCGUCACUGUGAACCCACCCGCACGUUAUUAGUCCCACCCCGGCAGCGAGAAAGAAUUUCACACGUGGUCCGCGGUAGAGGCAGGAGGAUUGAAACCGGCGCGUUAACGUGCUGUGUGCCGUGGCGUGUAUCAGUGGAUGUGCUCGUUCGGUCUCUGUUCUUCCCACGGUAUCACGGAUCGUCUGUACCCUCUCUGCCGUCUGUGUACUCGCUGCGAAUACCCAGCGACCGGUCGUCAUCCUGGAUAACGCUUUGUCCGCUGGAACCAGGCCCGCGCGUAGCAACCGCGAGGAAGGCCAGCCGACGCUGAAUCAACAGGUGGGAAUCCGCGAACUUACAGGUGUAUCCCGGAUGGCGGGGACGUUGGUUACACGAUGACGGAACUGCAGCCGUCGCCGCCAGGUUAUCGAGUCCAGGAUGAGGCCCCGGGUCCACCCUCCUGUCCCCCGGGUUCCUACAAGUACGCGAGUCACGGCCACGGCAGCGAGACUGCCAAUUUCAAGAGUAACGCGUCGUAUCCUCAGGAAGGCUAUGGCCUUAAGCAGAGUCCGUCCCGGACGGUGCCUCCUAACGAGUACUAUCGGCGUGGCAGAAACGACGGCAGGAGGUCCGCGGAGAACGAGCACGAGGCUGGCAACGGACAGGGCAACGGCAACGCAGCCAAGAAAGCCACGGUUGCCGGUUACAACGAAAGUCACAAAAAGAAUACUGCGGGCUACAAGAACGACAGCGGGUACAGCGAGAGCGUUGGAUUUGACAGUUACACGCUCCCUCUCAAUGAGAGAGACGAGGCGUCGCCACCGCCAACGCCACCGGUCAGAGACGCGUCCAGCCUCAAAGGCGUUUGCUACGGGCCCGGACACGAGAAAUAUCCGUCCUGGCCCAGUGCGCCGGAGAGGCAUCCCGACGAGGACGUUCACAAUUCGAGCCACAGCGGAUCCCAUCGCUCCAAGUCCUGGACCGAUCACACCAAUUACCCGAAGGAGAAGCCUGCCCAAUACACCAGACCGCACACGAAGAGGCCCAAUCCUACGUUCACGCAGCAGCUGAAGACGGUGAUGGAACGCUGUGAGAAGAUACCGGUGGAGACGUUCGAAUCGCGCAAUAGAAGCGGCGUGGAAGAAGAGCCGAGGAUGUGGCCUCGCGUGGAUCGCGAGGGCAAAGCCUUGGGAGACGCGGAGUACGUGGUGCCAUCGCCUCCUGAACGCGAGCAACAGACCGGGCAAACAUUGAGCCAUGCCGAUUUGGAAGCUUAUGUUAGGAGCUACCAGGAUCCUCAAGUGUCCCAGGUGGACAUUUACAGAGAAGCAACCCUAACGCAAGCGGGUCUUGAAGAGUACACGAGGGUUCAGCACUCUCAACAAGCCAGCUACGCACAAUCCGAAGGUUAUCAUAGUUACGUCUCCAGCGUAGACUCUACGACAAAUACUCCGUUCCUCGACAGAUUGAGGAGAGACAGCGAAGCGGUGGCGCAGAGGCCGACGUCUACCUGGGAGGACGCGUCUAGGGAAGGAAGAGACAGCGUGGUGACUACGUCGAGUGGAAGCGCGUCGAGCAGCGAGACUUUGAAAUGGCACGGCUCCAUGUCGGACGUGAGCGUGUCCAGCGGAUUGCCGGCGCGGCAGGGCGCGUCGGAUCGGUGGCAUCACGGAUCGAUGUCGGAUGUGAGCAGCGUGAACGGCGGUAUUUUGCCACCGAAAUCCAACAACGGUUGCCAUGAUAAGUGGCAAGGCUCCAUGAGUGACGUCAGCAGCAGCGGUCUGUCUCCGACUACGAAGGGCAGACACAGCGAGAAAUGGUCGGACAAGUGGCAGGUUUCAAUGAACGAUCGCAAUAAGAGCCAGGGUAGGUCUAGUCUGCCGGCUGUGAUCAAUCAUUGCAAUUCGUCGAACAAUGUGACCGACGUUUCGAGUGGCGUACGGGAGGGUAAAUGGCAGGAAUCAAAUAUCGAUGAGGAAUCUUUGGUGAACAAAUCGCAGACAGGCUCACAGUGGGACAACUCGAUGAGAAUCGAAGGCGACAAGUAUGGUUCCUUGACUCAGCCAAUGCCACAAAGCCCCGUGCGGCAACAGAUUGGUGCAACGACCUCGCAAAGUCCGGAGAACUGGAAUCCUAUGCACGGCUCGAUGUUGGACGUCAGUCAAACGAACGGACACUCUUGUAGCAAGCAGCUGAUAGCUCAUAGUGCCAGAGUUCAGACGCCGCAGAAGCAUAAUUCGGAAAGCGUAUUGUAUUUAGACCGCGAGAGAAAUCAGCGGAAAUUGUACCCUAUUAGCACCACGCAACCUCAGGAAUCCACUCAAUCUUCAAGAACGGCACCGACGUUGCCUCAGCAGCCGCAAAUAUCGGUGGCAGAACGUAUAAACGAGCUAGAGAAGCAGCAGCAGCAGCAACAACAGCAACAGCAAAUGCGUUACACGUACUUAGACCCAGAGAAACGGCACAGAGUGUCUGAUCCAACGUUGAAAGCGAUACAGAAAAAAGCUCUGCUCUCUUUCUACGAGAGACAUCACCAAGCGUCCUGGAGAUCCGAACCUCAAUUGGCUCAAGGAACAGCACCCGCUCCACAAAGUCCACCACCGCAGCCACCACCUCGUCCUAGGCCACCCUCUUCAAGAAGAGCCAGCUCUGCUUCCGAUUAUGCCAGCGGCACGUGGCGAGAAAAUGCCAGCAGAAAUCCGAGCCAGAGUAACGGAGAACUAUCGAAUCCCAAGCACCAGCACAGCAAUAGUUGUGGCAGCCUUUCUACAGAUUUAUUGGGGCCGGUGAUAGUCGGACCAGCUAUAUCUAUUGACGAUUGGGUGCCAGAGAGACCACCGAAGAAGCCGCACUUGAGAAACGUUUACAACGACCGCGUACCCAGCCCUGAUUUGCCACCGCCGUCUCCACCCACGGUAACCGAAAACGAAGUUCAUGACUGCGACGACCCGUUGCCGCCACCUCCGCCCGAACUCAGCGACGAUUGUUUCACGGACAGUCAACGUAAAUCUAGCAAUCAUCAUCAAUCCGAGAAGCCAAAGGCUCGUGACAGAUCUUACGACAGACACAAGUUGGAGAGACACUCGAUGAGAAGAUCGAAGCACGGCUCCAAGAGAGAACAAGAAAAAUCGUCCGGGAAGUGUUCACCGAGUUCGCCCGUGAAAGUCACAAGCCAGGAACAGGAGCAACCCCAGUUUGUUAGAGCUGCGGUAGCGUUGAAACACGCCGACGCUGACAUGGUGCUGGAGAACGGUGUCUCUGCCGGGUUCGCCACUCACAGAAUGGUAGCUACAGGUCGAUCUAGUCUGAGAUACCCAUCGACGCAGAAGUUAAUGGUGAACGGCAGAGUGACUCCGGCGAGAAGAAUAUCGGAGGAGCGAUCUUUCUCUAGGCCCCCAGCCCAGCUACCGGAUCUCAUCUCGCAGCGUUACAGCGACUCUGGGAACCAGAGGCCAGCGCCGCAAGUUCCCGUGGAGCCGAGAAUCAUCCGUCAGGAGUCGAUGAGGGUGGAAGGGAGUCGAAUCGACGUUUCCGGCUUGCUCCGAAACGACUCGGCUCAGAGAUUGGAAUCGUCUUCCGGUCAGAGACCACAGCCGCAAGUACCUAAGAGCGAGAAAUGUGCCUCGAGUAACCAAUCUAAUCAACCGGCCAGACCGAACUAUUUGCCUGUCUCGGAAAAUUCGAAGUGCGCGUCCAAGUAUUUAGAAAGUGUAAACCACGGUUUCACGAUCGGUAGCCCGGUGAAAACAGGCUACGAAGCUAACUCCAAAAUGUUCCCUGCGGAAUCGAGUCCGCAGAAGUAUCACGAACCGCCCAAGUACGUGCCCAACCAUCAUCAGCGUCACGGGGACGCAACGCAGAGAAAUUAUUACGCGUUGCCACCGAAGUACAUCGACACACCGAAACAGAAACCACAGCCGCAAUGCCCUACGGACAGAUACGGUGGCUCGAGAUCGCCUAGCUCUCCGCCUCCGCCCUUGGCACCGCGGCAAAACACACCCGGUAGAAAAUCGUUGCCGCCACCGCCUCGACCUGCACCUCCUCACGCGCUACAGGGGUAAGUCCAGCUUAUUAUAAUUUUUAAUUUAACUCUCCUCACGAAAAUAAUAUUCAUACACGAUGCGACAAUCCAAAGUUUUAAAAUGAUGCGUUGCGCGAAUUGCGCGCCGCUUUCAGCAAGCUUUACGAGACGUCAUUUUUUGCCUCGCGUUUCGCGA